UUGAAAGUUAUAUAAUUUAUAAUUUUAUUUACUGCUUUUUUCUAGGCUCCUAUUGAUCCAUUACAGUUAUUAAAAGCAUUAGGGCCAUUGUUAUCUCCUGAAGGAGGUAUAAAGAGUGGAGAAGUUCCUAGAUUAUCAUGUUUAAUGAAGAAGUUUUCCAGAAAAUUGGUCAGUCGGUGUGUUUAUUGUAAUGUUUUGAGAGCCACUCAACCUGAUGUGUUGACUACAUUUCUGAAUGAGAGUGGCUGGGAUACCAUUAACAAGUGGCUACAGGAUGCUCGUACCAUUGAAAAUCAUGUGUUUUUAUUGGAACUGUUGAGACUUUGCCAGAUUUUACCUAUGACUGUAGAUAGGUUGAAACAAAAUAACACUGCCAAGAUAAUUAAAACACUAACAAAAAGUGAAGAUCAAGAUGUGAAAACAUUAGCACUAGAUGUUGUCAAUGCCUGGAUGUCAUUAAUUAAAGGUGAAAGAUCAGAGAAUUUAAAUUCUGAUAAAAUGAAAAAGAAGAAGAAAAAGGAUAAAGAAGAGAAAGAUAUUAAAGAGAAGGUAAAAGAAAACAAAGAUAAAUAUAUAAAAAGUGAAAGAUUAAAAAGAGAAAAUUCAGAUGAUAACCUAAUGAAUAAAUAUGAGGAUGUUGUUAUUAAAAUGCCUCUGGAUGAAGAACCUUUAAUUAAAAAACCUAAACUUGAUAGGCCAAAGACUGUGAAGACAUAUCAAGCAAAAUUUCGAUCCACAGGAUUGGAAGAGAAUACACCAUUGCCAAAAGAUGUUACUAAAAAGAUUCCUACAAUUAAUAGAAGUGAGGCAGUUGCUGCAGCCAAAAAUGCUGUAAAAAAAAUGAAUACACCUAAAGAUCUUCCUUAUGGUGGGAAAAAAAUAAAACCAGCUAGUUUAAUUACUCCUGAAAAUAGUCAUGCAAAUGUUGGUCUCAUAAAAUUGAUUCCACCAAAACCUAAGCCUAUUCAUAUUCUUCAAGAAAGUGCAAGUUUUGUGGAUGCAUUAGUAUCUGCUCCAACACAGCCUAUUCGGAGGAAAAAGAAAAAUUCAUCAGGGAAACCUCCUACUCCAACAACACCACCUUCACCUGUAAAUACACCGCCUAAGCUUCAGUUUUAUAAAGACACUUUAGAAAUGUCUAGUGAGACAACAGAAGAAAAAGAAGAGGAAGAUAAAGAUAAAGAAGAGCCUAAAAAGGAUGAAACAAAUCAUGAAGAUGAUGAUGAAGAAAAAAGUGAUGAACCAGCAUUGAAUGCUAAAGAUAUUGACUCAGAGAAAGAAGAAAUUAAACCAAGAAAAAAAUCAGAAAAUGGUCAGUUAUGUUCAAUUCUUAUUCAUGGGAAAAGACGUGAAAAGAAAAAAUCUGUUAGAUGGGCAGAAGAAAGUGAACUUAAACAAGUUUUUCACUUUGAGAUGGAUGAAACUGAGAGAGUUAACGUUAAUCAUGUACAUAAUUUUGGUGAUCUCAAAUCUAUGGAAAUAAAACGAGAGAGGAAAGCAUUUGAAACAGCAAGAAGACUUAUGGGAGAUAAAAUGCAAGAAGCAAUUCCUUGGGCAGAACUUAUACCCAUUGAUUUACCUGCUACACAAACUGUUGAGAGGGGAUAUAACAGCAGGGAAAAAGACAUUCAAAUGGUCCAUCAACAAUCUACAUUACAAGAUAUUUAUUUCUCUAGAGAUAUGUUACCAGAUUCUCCUCAUGAACCAGAGCAAGAAAUUGUUAAUCCACAGGAACCUAAAACAAUUCCUUUAGAAGAUGAUAAUAAUCCUGGUAAUAUAAUGGACUACUCAAUGUCAGAAUUACCACCUCCCAAGAUGGAUAUUCCUCCAGUUUUAUCAAAUUUAAUGAUGUCUAUAAGCAAUCAAGAUAGGCAUCCACAAUUACAAAUGGAACAGACAAUAGAGCAGAUAAUUCAGUCAAGUGGUUUUCCCAAUCAUCAUUCUCACACACCACCUGGAUCUGCAGGACCUCCCAGUUUCAAUCCUCUUCCAACAAACCAUUAUGUCAGUGAAAAUGAAAUGCCAGAUUGGGAUCCUGGCAUGAUGCCUCCUGAUCAGUAUGGGGACCAGUUUUAUGGAAAUCAUCCUGGAAAUAUGCCUGGAAUGAUGGGUAUGCCUCUGCCACCACGAGGAGUCAGACCCAGGAUGAUGCCCCCUCCUCCUGUCAGAGUUCCAAUGCCUGACAUUCCUCCACCUCCACGUGGAAGAGGUCCUCGGCCCAUGGGGCCUCCACCUCGAAUGAGAGGACCACCCCGAGUUCCGUGUAAGCAUUUCAUGGCAAGUGGAUGCAGAUAUGGCAGCAAUUGCUUAUUCCUUCACCCUGGUGUUAAUGGUCCACCCUUAUAGUAUCAUAUGAAGACAACUAACAAAGCAGCUGUGAUAUUUUCAAAAGACAUUAAAUGAUUUUAAUUUCAUAAGAAGUUAUGUGCCACAGGAAAAGCAUCGUGCUCAAAAUCCAUUGUUGUUAAUUAAAAACACAUUAACGGCACAUUGCUUCUGAAGAUGUAUUAUAAUUGUUCUGUUGCUCAUUUGACAUCAUGAAUCAUAUACUAUUUCUAUUGUAAAAAGCAUAGAAGUCACAAUGAUGAUAGAAAACUUUUAGUUGAUAAAAAUAUCACACAUUUAUUUUUAUUUGCAUUUAAAAAAAUGCAAUUUACUUAUUUGGUUCUCCAACCAAUUACAAGGAAAACAGUAUUUAAGAUAAAUAUGCUACAUUUUUCAAACCUUCAGUUUUCUGUAUUUUGUAGAAAAUUUUAAAUCAAUUGAGAAAUAGAUAAACUCUGUACAUACAUCCCUUGAGCAGUCUAUUUUUAUUGAAAAUUAUGCAAAAUUUUUGAAGGGUAAAUUGUAAUUUCAUAUGUACAUAAUUUUUCAUCAUUAU